AAGCGGGCGCAGUGGUGGAGCGCGCAGAGGAGAGCCACUUUAUCCUCUCUGGGUUCAGGAACCUUAUGUUAAGACAAUAGGAUUGAAAAUCCAACUUGAUUGUUUUUUGUUGUUGUUGUUGUUGUUGUUGUUGUUUGUUUUGUUUUUGGAUUUUUUUGUGUGUGGUUUUGUCACAUUUUAGUGGAGUGACAGAUCAGUCACUAUGGGAGGGAAUGCAUGCGGUCACCGGUGGAUGUUCUUUUUCACCUUGCUGUCAUUGCCUCUGCUGCCAGCGCGAGCAGCGGGAAGGACCAUGAAAUACGAAACGUACGAAGAGGACGCACCGGCCACCGUUAUCGGAAACCUGGCCAAGGACAUGUCCUUAGGUCCGUCCGUGGGCUCCAAGACUAAUUUCAGGAUGAUGAAGCAGGUCAACGCAUCUUUUGUUCGGCUCAGAGAAAGCGACGGGCAGCUGACUGUAGGCGAGAAGAUUGACAGAGAGAGAAUUUGCAAGCACUCUCCUCAGUGUGUGAUUGCCUUCGAUGUGGUGAGUUUCUCUAAAGACCAAUUUAAAUUGAUACACGUCGAAGUCGAGGUGAAGGACAUUAAUGACAACGCGCCCGAGUUUCCCAGGAAGGAGUCUACGCUGGAAAUUUCAGAAAACACAGCACCCGGUACCAGAAUACCCUUAGAUGUGGCUGUAGAUGAAGACGUGGGUACGAACUAUAUUCAGAGCUACCAGAUCUCAGUGAAUAGCCACUUUACUAUUGACGUGCUGAGCAGGGCGGAUGGGGUUAAAUAUGCGGAGCUGGUGCUAAUGAAAGAGCUGGACAGGGAGACACAGGCGUCCUAUGCGCUGGAGCUCGUGGCGACGGACGGCGGAAAUCCGCCCAGGUCCGGCAUCACUAAGAUCAACGUCAAGGUGAAGGACUACAAUGACAACAGUCCCAUUUUCGAGCGCAACCACUUUUCAGUAGAAAUACCAGAGGACGCGCCAGUGGGCUUUCUGCUUUUGGAUCUCAAUGCAGUCGAUCCGGAUGAAGGUUUGAACGGAGAAGUGGUGUACGGACUCGGGAACCAGGUGCCCUCGGAGAUCAGGCAACUUUUCCGCGUAGACCGGAAAAGCGGGCGCAUCACACUGGAGAGCCCGAUGGAUUACGAGAGCAAAACGACGUACGAGUUCGAUGUCCAGGCGUCCGAUCUGGGUCAGAGUCCGAGUCCGCCAGCCAUCUGUAAAGUGGUCAUACAGGUGCAGGACGUGAAUGACAACGCGCCUGAGAUCACCAUUACGCCGAUGACGUCCAUGGCGGCGGGAGUUGCGCACGUAACCGAGGCGGCCGCUAAGGACACUUUCGUGGCUCUUAUCAGUACUUCGGACCGGGACUCAGGAGUCAACGGCCAGGUGCACUGCACCCUCUACGGGCACGAUCACUUCCGGCUCCAGCAGGCGUACGAGGACAGCUACAUGAUUGUCACCACGGCGCCGCUGGAUAGGGAAAAAAUAGCCGAGUAUAACCUGACAGUGGUGGCCGAAGACCUCGGCUCUCCACCGUUCCGCACCAUCACACAGUACACCGUUAGACUGACUGAUGAAAACGACAACGCGCCCAUAUUCAGCAAAGCCACCUAUGAAGUGUCGCUCGUAGAAAACAACGCACCGGGCGCAUACAUCACCACGGUCGUGGCGCGCGACUUGGAUGCGGGACAAAACAGCAAAGUGAGCUAUAAACUCGCGGAAACGUACGUGAUGGGCGCUCCGGUGUCAACAUUUGUCUCCCUAGAUCCCGCCACUGGCUCUCUUUACGCGCUGAGAAGUUUCAAUUACGAAGUUCUCAAGCAGCUCGAGCUGCGCGUCCAUGCGAGUGACGGUGGCGCGCCUCAGCUGCACGGCACCGCCACCAUCAACCUCAAAAUAGUCGAUCAGAACGACAACGCUCCCGUCAUCGUACAUCCCGUGCUCAGUAACGGCUCUGUGGACGUCCUCUUACCUAAAGAAGCCCCAUCGGGCUACGUUAUCAUGCAAAUAAAGGCGCGAGACGCCGACGAAGGCAUUAACGCCGAGCUGUCCUACCAAAUGACCUCGUCCGAAGCCGGCGCGCUUUCUAUCAAUAAAGUGAGCGGGGAGAUCUACGUGAACCGUGAAGGUGCCUACGACGUGGGCGAGACGUUUAAAGCCACGGUAACAGUGAGCGACCACGGAAGACCUUCUCUCACUUCUACAGCCACCAUCCGCUUCACGGUCGUCGCCGGGGCUCCCAAAGGUGACCGCAACCUGUUCAGAAACACUGGCAGUGAUGAUGAAGUUCAUGAGUUGGAUCUGUCAGUGGUUAUCAUCGUGGUUCUGGCAGGAAGCUGCACGCUGUUGCUUUUAGCCAUCAUUUUAAUAGCGACCACCUGCAAUAAGCGCAAACUAGACAAGCGGCACAAUGGAUUCGGGGAUGAAAAGGAAGACGAUGUGAAUCUGGAUGUAGAGAAAAAUAACAGUGACCCACUGAUUCCAGUUCACAGUGAAAACGUGUUUGAUGGACAGACCUACUCAAAUAAACCGGCUUUCACCGGAUCCGUUCAAGUGGGUAAUGAUGAGUGCUGCAGCUCUGAAGACGGAAUCGACACCGCGUAUGGGGCAGAAGACAAAAGCCAUGGACCAAAAUUAGACGGAUAUUUAACGCUUCCUGGUUAUGGAAAAGAGGCUGUAAGGCCGAUUACAAUAUGGAAGGGCAACUCCUAUACAACUAUUUCAGCACGAGAUCCUCAGUUCAGUGGGAAGGACAGUGGCAAAGGAGACAGUGACUUCAACGACAGCGAUUCGGACAUAAGCGGAGAUGGCCUGAAAAAGGACGGACACCCAAACAGCGCCCAAGAUGCUCUGUGGGCAUGCACGAGCGAGUGCAGGAUCCUCGGCCACUCAGACCGAUGCUGGAGUCCAAACGCCACCCGGAUGAACAGCAACUCCAGACAGCAUCUGUCCACAUUCGCUAAGACAGGCUCACUUCCAAGGGAUACUCUCAGAAGGGACAACUAUUACCAGGCAAACAUCCCCAAAACAGUGGGCUUGCAGAGUGUUUAUGAAAGAGUGCUACACCAAGAAUAUGUCAUCGUUCCCCCACCUCAGCCGAGUAUCCAAGAUAUCAACGACGUCACGAUUCCAGUGUAUUCUCCCACAACAGCACGCUGUUCCAAAAACGAAGAUUAAGGGGUCCAUGAUAAGAUGUCUCUCUAAAAUUAAAUCUAUAUGGCCGGAUGAAAAUGUACAAGUAUAAAUAUUUGUCUAUUUAAAAACAAAACAUUUUCAAUCAGUGUUGGUCUUAAUUUUCUGACAGUUUUGAACAAUCACCUGAUCUUGUUGGAAAUCUUGUGUAUAUAAUGCAAGUUUGUAAAUACAGAGUUUAUUUUUUAUAUUAUUGAUAAGUAAAACAAAGGUUAUUUGAGAUUAUAUACUUUAUAAUAAAAGCAUGUCCUUUAUUUAACAAAAAAAUAAAGACCCUUUUCAAGGUCGGAAACCCUAUCAAGUUGAUAAAUGCGCAGACAUUGAAUGUGAGAUGUAACUUUUUGAUUUAUUUCUCUCACUGUGUUAUAAAAAUAAACAUUGAAAAUCGA